AUGGACGUCGGGUGCCUCCUGCGUUACGAGGCUGUGGUGGCCCGGGUGGGCACCAACAACGAGGUGGAGGACGUCAGCGGCUCCUUCGGCGUGGUGCUGGGCAGCCUCGACAACCGCCUGCAGAAGAUAGUGCUGCUCGGCCCCUCAGUCGGCCAUGUCGUCUCCAGCACCUUCGAGUACAACAUUUCUAGCGGAAGCGUUGCUAACCUCACAGAAGGGAUGUUUCAUGACCUCGACAAGGGUCGUGCCUUCUUACAAAUAAACAGCGGUGAGUCUGCCCAACACCUGCUGGCAGUAUGCCCAGGACCUGGAGUCGACGGUGGCCGUGGACGAACAGAGGCUGUCAGAAGGCGACGGUCCCUCCCUCCGCUGCUACUUCGAGGGGACGUUCUACGACGUGGGCGACAGCUGGCUGCCCGACAUCAACGCCACGUGCAACACGUGCAGCUGCAUGCAAAAGGGAAAGUGGUUUGUCACGCUGUGAUCUGUCCGCGGCUCACCUGCAGAAAUCCAAUCAAACUGGAUUCUGAAUGCUGCCCCACCUGUCCAGAUGAAUCAUGGUCUGGAACAUGUACCUUGGGAAAGGACCCUCGUCAGUACCCACUACAAAGAAGCUGGCACCCGUUUCUUCCUCUGUCAGGGUUUGCUAAGUGCGUCACAUGCACCUGCAAGAGUCACAAGAAUCCUAUAUGUAGUCGCCUGGAGUGCCCCAAACUCAACUGCCCCGGCAGAGAGUUGGUCAAGUCUCCAGAGGAUUGCUGCCCCGUCUGUGGACGACCUGUGCAGUCCGAUCGUACGACCUUCGACACUCCGCAGCUGGACAUCAACAUGGAGAGAGCUUGUAACUUCAUGGGAGAGUGGAAAGCAGACGGAGAUUCUUGGCAUCCACGGGUCAAGCCUUUCGGGUACAUGAAGUGCUUCCUGUGCACCUGUAAGGCUGGUGAGUUCACCUGCGGUCGCACUCAGUGUCCUGAACUCACCUGCAAAAGGAAAAUCCGAAGUUCUCAGUCCUGCUGUGACGAGUGUGACCCCAACCAUCAAGAGGAAGAAGAUGCUGACAGCAAAGAGGAAAAAGGGUGUACGUUUGGCGGCAAGAGUUACGCUCACCGUGCUAAGUGGCGCCCUCCUGCGGCUCCUACUGGUGACUCAAGGUGCGCCAAGUGCACGUGCAAGGACGGCAAGGUGAGGUGCAAGAUCCGCUGCCCCAAGAACUGUGAUGGGGACGGCGGUGCCAGCCCGUGUUGUAAACACUGUGAAGCGGACAAAGAGCGCAGCUCCCGAAAGACAGGAACCGGAGACAAAAAGGCCGCCAAGUCCACCCGAGCACGAGGCAGGAAGAGGAACAAAAGAUCCUCCUCUUAACCCUUUCCUUUCUGUCCAGCUCCCCGCCCCUCACUUUCCGAGCGACCCAGAUGACUGCCUUGGCCUAGUUCCUUGCCUCCUGUGACCUAGCGGCGACAUUCAUGUGAUGCCAGACAUGGGCAAGCGGCAGGCGACAGGCUUUUCGUGUCAAGGGUUACGUCGCUGUCACGUGACACAUUGAGGCACCCACUCAGUCCUGAAGACUGAUGAUGCCAAGAUGCUAACCCUGCACCAGGAGCGAUCAGCAACCGACAAUAUCCACUCCACACCAUCAAUGACUCAAAAAAGCGAUGAGAACCAAAUAUUUUGAUACAAUGCGCACAUAAAUUUACUGUUGUCAGUUUUUACUGUCAUACAAAAAACUCUAAUGUCCCUCUUUUGACAGGAUUUUGUUUUCUUAUUUGUGUCGCUUAACACUCUCUUCUUGUAACAUUUAUCAUACUGCCUUCCAUUACCUGUACAUGUUGAUUUGCUUACAGUGUACACGUCAGCCUUUUCCUCACGAGACUCUGCCAGUGCCACGGCGCCCUUGAAAUCGUUCUUGCUUUUUGUUUUUGUUUGUUUGUUUGUUUGUUUGUUUGUUUGUUUGUUUGUUUGUUUGUUGGUUGGUUGGUUGGUUUUUUUUUGUGUUUUGUUUUUGGACAUGUGUGGCAACAUGUACACAAAUGUUGUCUGUCUUCGCACUUUCCAUGCUGCCCUUGAUUAAAUAUUUUCGUCUGUCAGUCGGAAGCUGUGUCUCUUGACUCGAGUCCCUGUCAUCAGAGUUCACCUUUUAUCAGUCGGUGCCUCAGUCGUCAACUUUGGUGUCAUCUAUUGUCGAAAGACUAAUAGAAAGCAAGACUGUGAUGUGAGGUAGGGCGACUGGACACCUGGGACAUAGAAAGAGGCAAACACUGUAUACUGCGAACUUACAAGUGUUUCCUCAGUCAUCUGCCACAUUUGCUUUGCGGUGUCAUUUCCAUAUCAAGACAAUGUUCACCCUACUGUUCAUAUUUGUAAUCGAAUUCGGUGUCUGUAACUGUUAGAGGAGUUGACGCUCUGAUAUAACUACGCAUUAAGAACACCGUAGGAGAUUCUAUAUCGUCUGAGGAAGUUUUGUUGCUUAUUGUUUUCAAGUGCAAAAGGAGAAAAAUCACAAAGAAAAUUCUGAGUCAUGGACUGUAAAAGUGUGUUAUGGACGAAUAUGGUGGCUUGACUUUGAAAGGAGAUUGUAAAGGUGGCGUCUCUUGUUACAAAGCUGGACUCUUAAUCUUGCCAGAAAAUAACUAUAUGAUGAUGAGGAUGAGGAUGAGAAUAAGGAUGUCCGUGUUGGCAUAGAAAUAAGUAGCAGGCUUAAAAUGCAACACGUUUUUGAGGAAAGCAUUAGAACUUGAUUAAACAGGAAAGGUGCAAGCAAAAUUUAUCUCUUUAAUGAGGUGCAAAAGUCCAAGGUUCCCUUCUCCAGAACUCCAUAUUAAUUUUUCUUUUUUUUUUUCCUUUAUUGUUUCUUUCUCUUAUAUGGCCGAACGUAUAAGUGGAGCCAGAGAUUGCAAUCCUAGACUUUAAGGGGAAUGUUUGAAUGUUUCAAGUAAUGUUUGAAAAAUAUCCCUAAGAAUAUUUAGUAAAUGGAAUAGUAUCAAUGUACUUUUGAUGUACUUGGAUUUCGCAAUGUUUUAUUACGCAUUUGAGAUGUAUGUUGCUCGCAUAUACAGUGCAACUGCCAUUCGCUACAGCAUUCUAGGGAUGUGCCUCAGUACCUUGCAACCGUUAUCUCAUCUGCGUUUUGGUCAAAACUGACAGAUAGAAAACCAGUAGAAUGGAUCCUGUGAAUUUUUUCAAUCUUCUGAUUGAAGCAACUAAGUCACGUGGUUUAAGCAUUCCCAUACAGUUACGAAAAGCAAAGUUUCAUCUUACCUAUGAAGGUAACUGCAACCAUUCUGCACUCUGGCGAGAUCAGUUUGUGGCCGCACUUCUGGACUUGGACCCUGGUGUGUGCUGGUGGUGAUGUUUCUGUUAUUCUGAAAUACAGAUCAACAUCACCAAGAGGCAGCCAAGGCAGGGGCAGCAAAGGUCGGAGAGCAGAAAUUAACUGCUGCUAAAGCCUGUCGAGGAGAGAACUGAGGAAAAUCAGGAGCGAAAGGUCUGCAUCGUGCUGAGCAAGAUGAGUGUCUUCCAGAAGGACAUUGGCUGACAUCAGAGACAGACAUUCUGAGAGCAAGUAGCUUUGUCGGUUGUGUUUGUAUGAAUAAUGUCAGAAGGAGAGGUUUGGGGUAGGGGUGGGUGGGGAGGUACUGCAUUUAUGACCGAGAUGGUUUUGAACCUCUACGUGAUCUGUACAUAUUAUGUGAUGAGCAAUAAUUUAUCUUCAUAUACCUGCACAUCGUUCCUUAUAUCAGUUGGCCCAGUUCAUCUGCUUGUCUAAUGUAAUUCUGCCUUGCCCUUUCUUUCUCUUUCUCCCUUCAUCUCUCUCUCUUUUCUUUCUGUUCAUUUUGUCGUGGUUUUUAAGCAUCGUCUUCUUGCUUGUUCUGUGAAAAAUAAAAGAAGAAUAAAAAGAA